AUGCGUGCUGUGCACAAUAUUUUUUUGCUGUUUCUCCUUUUACUAUGCAUUGGAUGUAUAGUUUCCGUGCCCCUGGCGGCACGCCAGAGGCGCCAAAUCGACUUGACCGUCUCGGCUGAGCAUGAGGAAGAUGAGACGGAACUGGCGCUGGAAGCCAUCGCUGGACUCUGGCAGAGCGCGGAUAGUCGAACGAAAAUUGAUGGAUCGGCGCGUGUGGUGCAUCGCGAUAGCGGGAAUGGGGGUGCACAACAGGAUUGGCGUCUAGGCGUGCGUGUCGUAUUCAGCUAGAAGUCCGUGGCGGGAGCGUAUGCUAAAAAGUGUCGAUGGAGGUCGGAGCUAUUGUAAAUUAAUUGAAAAUUGUGGCUUUGCGUGUCUUGCCGCUACCAUAACUGGCAUUCAGACGACGUCGUUAACCUUCCCGCCAUUGCCUGCCGUCUGAUAACCUAUUGACCUAAUCGCAAUGUGUUCUAUAAACAAAUACAUCUUACAUAUACAUACAUA